GGAUACUCGUAAAGCAUUGUUUCGGACCACAAGUAUUACACCAAAUUAUCAUAAUAGCAUUACACAUAUAACCACCAUCACAUUGGUUCAUCAACAUACGACACGUACAAACACACUAGUUCAACCAAAGAAAAAAUAUUUUAAAAAAAAAUUAAAAACAUAUAAUAUGAAUGCACAAGUGCAACAUACACUUGAUAAUACAAUAUUCAUACAUAAAUAUUUACAUCCACUAGGGAUGAUUCCCUCUUCCCUCUGUUUCGUACGAAAAUUGAUUGGAGAUGUAAUUCACAGCUGUAUAGUGAUGCUCACUGUUAAACAAAUGAAAGUCUUUGCUGACCUUUACAGAAAUCUACAGGAAAUAAAAAAAAAUAAAAUCUGAAUAGAUCCAAGGUAAGAUUUAUGAUAAACAUUAUGGUUUUAUUUCCUGUUAAUGCAGAUUUAAAAUGUAUAUUUAGUUUGUCCGUUAGGUAGCUGAUUAAAGUUUUCGAGACAAUGCUGAGUAGUUUUUGAAAUGUGAUACGGUUGACUUAAACAAAAAAAUGUUACGAAUGCAAGUGAUAAUCACUAUAAGAUAUUGUUCACAUCUUAUGUACUAUUUAUUUGAAGUAUUAUAUUGCCGAGGCAUAAAGACUGGUUUGUCGAGAGGUCGGAAAGAUUAACUCCACAAAUCCUUGUUGUUUUUAUUAUGGAUAGCGGCUGAGAGGUAUGCGGGUCCUUAGAGCCUCAAAGUGCUUUUCCGAGUGAUUACUUUCCGGAAAAUGACUUCAUCAGGAUUAUAACUCAGCGCAGCAGCAGAAAGCUACGAAUCUUCAGAUUUGAAUGAGAACAGUUCAAGGAUGGACUCACAACCAAAUGUCAGUUUGAGCAAUUCAACGGGCUCAGUGAUAUCAAUCGAACAGUUCGAGUUUCAGGAAUUUUUGAAAGACGACAUUGCUGUUGUGAUAUACUUAAUCUUUUUGUGUUUCGUGGGAACCAUUGGGAACGGCCAUGCUUUCAUUAUCUACCACGUCAGGUACAAACCUUCUAACCACAGAACGUUCGUUGUGUGGCUCGCUGCCAUUGAUUUCGUCGCAUGUGCAGUGAGUGCUCCGUUUGAAAUUGUCGACAUCAGGCAUGGCUAUACUUUUAACUCGGGUGCCGCUUGCAAGUGUUUUCGAUUCAUUAACCAUGUGGUCAGUAUUGCAUCAGGUCUUAUGCUGGGCGUGAUUGCUGUAGAGAGGUAUCGGAAGGCGUGCUGUCCUUUCGGAAGGCAAAUAUCAGAGAGAGAGGCAUCCAUCGCCUGCAUGGUGACUGUUGGAGUAUCCAUUCUUCUGUCUACAGCAUCGUUCUAUUUGUAUGACGUGGCGAUAAAACUAACAGACAUUCCAAACCUUUCAGGCACUGAUUGUACUGUAGGAGCCAGUGACGGUCAACAAUCUGUUUUCCGGUUUUACUCUUUGGUGUUGCUGUUGAUAAGUACUGUUAUAUUUAUUCUGUGCAUUGUAGCCUACUCCUUUGUAGGUAAGAGUCUGUACAAACAAAUGAGGUUCCGCCAGUCAGCGCAGCUAAAGAACGUUCAGAAGACGCUAAGCGGGAACUCGGUCAGCAGCGACAAUAAGAUGAGCGUGUCUUCUCUACGUCAUAAAAUGGUUAUAGAGAAACCCGAAGCAAGCAGCUCGCAGCAAAUUCACGAUGAGGAAUCAAGCAUGUACUCAGAUAAAAACAAAGUAACUCUAAAACCCCUGCAACAAUCAGCCAAAAACCCCAUGGUUCCGGGCAAGAAGCGCCUAGACCGUACCCGACGGAUCACACUAAUGUUCCUGAUAGCCACGGCGGUGUCUUACGUCGGCUACCUCCCCAAUCUGAUCAUCCUGGUGGUGCGCGCGGCCCGACCCUCCGCCUACCUGUACCUGCAGGCCGGCCUGGGCAUGCUCACACCCGUGCUUCUGCGCGGUUACUUCCUCAGCAACGUGACCAAUCCCCUGGUCUAUUGUUUUGUUGAUGACAGAUUUAGACAUGAGUGUAGUUUGUUAUACAGUAAAAUAUUCCAAUUUCCAGCCAAGCGGAAGCCACUAGCGCUUUAGUUCAAACUGGCAUCAAUUAAGUCUUUCCGAUUUUUGGAUCAUUGUCAUAAUGAAUCAUGUCCAAAAAAAAUAAGUGUCUUAUGAGAUGUUCAUUGUAAACGAGAUUUGACACUUCCUUUUAUGAAGAUUUUUUUUUACAUUUAAAUACAAUAUUUUUGUAUAAAUCGGUUUACCUUUCUGUGUUAUACACUGUUGUUAUUUAAGUUCAUGUUGUAAAGUAGCAUUGUAGCCCCAAAAGAGCUUUUUUUUAAUUAACAUCAUAACAGUUUUUUAAAGAUUUUUUUUUAUAUUUGCGCAAACGUUAAUACCAAUGAUAGACAAAAAGUGCAAAAGUGUCCAGUGAUCACUGAAUGGUUUUCAAAUAUCUGGUUUUAUAUUGUACAUAUCAGAAAUGGAGAACUAGAACAUAACUUCUUUUUUUCAUCAUAGAACACUGCCUUACAGACAAUAUAAAAAAUUAUUCCUGUUAAUUAUGAUUCAUCACCAUAAAUGAUUAUGUUUAGUAAAAAUGAAAACUCGGAUAACGAAUCAUUAUGAAAUAUUUUUAUAAGUUCGUAUCGCUGUUCGUCUAUCCUCCUGCUAAUUUGUGAAUAAAUCAUUAAUUAAUAGCAUUAACAUGGAGACCAUGCAUAACCCAUACACCGUCAGUACGAAACAUACACCCAUUUUUGGUGUUAUGACGUCAUACUAAAAAAAUUAAAAAUUGUAUCACGUUUGUAACACGUUUACGUUUCGUUGUUUAUAUUUUCUAUUUAUGAUGUUCACAAAGGCAGUCGGAAAAAUAUAUUCGUUUCAUGGUUUUCAGUAGACAUAAUAUGGUUUAUACUUGGUCGCCCUCGCCCCAUAUGAUAUCUACUGACCAGGUACAUGAAUAUACCAUAUUAGGUUUACUACAAACCAUGUUAAUAAUAUAUAAAUAUAUUCAUUUUCAGCUCACAGAUUUAACAUUCUAUAGAUGCAAUACUUUUAUAUAUUCAAUGUAGACUAAAUGUAUUUUAAUCUAAAACCUGUGAGAUUUUGUAGCAUGAUUAUAAAUAUUAUAAGAAAGACUUGUUGAAAACCGAAGUGAACAUUUUUCAAAUUGAGUGUAUUAUAUUCAUGUUGAUGAUUUUGUGUACAAUUAUUCGGAAUAAUGUCACCUUCUUAAAGAUAUUGAGCGGUGUAGCCAAAAAUAUUUAAUCUGUUGAGAAAAAAGUGAGAAAAAAUUACAGUUAGGAACAGAACGAAUGUUUGUCUAAUCUGCUUAGUAUCUUAAGGACGAUGACCUCAUUACGAUAUUCACCGAAGACUAUCUGUAUAAACCGAUUUCGUUCAAAUUUUGUCUAUAGUAUGAUACUGUCUGACUUCGUGCACAUAUUUUCAGUUAACCUUUGUACAUUGUGAAAUGUUUUACUUGUGUAAAUAAACAUUUUGAAAACCUA